UUCAGGCCGUGUUCCAGGGCGAGAUAACCAACUUCGCCUAAUUAUUAAUAGGCAAAGAUCCGCUUUAAAACCCUCAUAGUAUGUCUGGUACCGAAGAACACGGCUCUGAGAACAUGUUAAGAUUGGAGCCACUUCCGCCUUUACAAUAUAGAGAAGUGUAUGACCACCAUGGUCCUUUCUCACACAUCGUGUACGACCCAGCGCUGGUGGAUGCCGUUCUCUGUGCAGUAGGACUGCAGGGCGAGGGCGGAGUGGAUGCUGACAGACUGUCUGCCGGGCAGGGUGCGUGUGAGUCCCUGGAGGAGGUUCUAGAGAGGGAGGCCCAGUCUGCCGUGUUCGUGGAGAGCAUCAGCUGCGCCCUGUUCAAGGUGGCGGAACGUGGCCUGGUCGGAGCAGCCGAGGUUCUGCUGCGCCACGGAGCCGACCCCAACUUUGAGGACCCUGUGUCCUACUAUAAUCCGCUCCACAUAGCCGUGCUGAGGAACAGACCCCUCAUGGUGGGCAUGCUGGUCCAGCAUGGAGCCGACAUUGACAAGAGAGACCGAAUUUUUGAGAGUAGCCCCCUUGACCUGGCAUGUGAGGACGCCGACCGGCUGCCAUGUCUGCGCACGCUGCUGGCGUUGGGAGCCGACGUCAAUGCCCACGACAAGAAUGGUAAACCAGCUCUGAUCCAUGCCCUGUUCAGCAGUGAUGGAACGGGCGUGGCCGUGACACCGAAAUACGGGAACACGGAAAACAUCAGACUGCUGCUUGAAGGAGGUGCCAGUGUGCAUGUGCGCACCAUCGAUGAGGAGACGGUGAUGUUGGCUCUGGUGGCGUUUGUGGAGAUUGUGCUGCACUGGGAGGGGGAGGAGGACGAGGAGGACGAGGAGGACGAGGAGGAGAAGGAGGACGCCGAGCAGAUCGGCCAGUUCUGCCUGCGCGUCACCGAGCUGUUUCUGGACCACGGUGAGGAGCAGGAGGACGGCGAGGAGACCCAUCCCUCGCGCCAUCCCUCGCUCACGCAGACGUGCCUGGAGCACUUUGACCGGCUGUUCCCGCUGGCGCUGCUGCUGCUGCAGAAGGGCGUCGCGCUGCAGUGCUCGCUCCACGGCGCCACCUGCUGGUCUUGGCGCCAGCUGCUGCUCGGGCGCCUGGAGGCGGCGCUGCAGGAGAGCGCCAGCGCAGAGGAGACGACGGACCUGCUGCCCCGGGCCGAGACCUUGCUGGAGCUGGCUGAGGUCUGCUGCCCCUCCCACACCCACACCUCCGCGUCGCCGCUGCAGUCCCCCCACACUCGCCCUCAGGCCCCCCCCCACGCGGCCGUGCUGGAGCUCCGAGCCCGGCUGCUGGAGCAGGAGACGCGGCCUCCCCCCCUGCGCCUGCUCUGCCGCAGGCUGGUGCGCCACAUCCUGCUGCCGGGGCCCCUGGGGCCCAAAGUCCAGCAGCUGCCCCUUCCUGACCGCCUCAAAGACUUCCUGCUUCCUGAGAGCAGCGUGCAGUGCCGGCCAGGUUGGGACCGCUUCCGGCCCAUCCACGGUCCGCGCUGAGGACUCGUCCCCCACACACCACUGCAGUAGCCUGAGAGGACCAAUCAGAGCUACUGCUAUGAAGCCUCGGCUUGGUGAGAUGAGAGCCAGUGGCUGGUAGUCGGUGAGGGGGACCUGUGGCUGUCACAGCUUCAGCAUGGACUUGAUUUAACUCACUCAAGCUGUGUCAGAAUG